GAAUUGGAAUUGGAAUUGGAAUUGGAAUUGGAAUUGGAAGUAGAAGUAGAAGUGGAUGAGAGUCAAAUUGUCCUUCAUUCCUAUAGACCAGAAUAAUAACCCACUGAGAUCAUACCAUACCAUACAUAUCAUGUCAUGUCAUAUCAUUCAUGAAUCCAAGACUUCAAAUAAGCAUCAUUGAACAAGCGUCGUCUGUGAAUUGUACAUAUUCAUAUUGGACUGGAAUGAAUCUCAAACUUCACUUCACUUCAUUCUCUAUCAGACCAUCACAUCAAGCAAAAUUAAACUUCACUCUAGCUCAUUCUCAUUCUCAUUCUCCUUCUCAUUCGGUUCUUCCGACGUCCGUAUAGAAAAGUCCUAUUUUAGCGCAAGAUAUUUGGGCGCUGUGGUGUUCACAUAUUCACACUCACACUCACACUCACACUCUCACUCUCACUCUCACACGUCCACGCACCCUUAGCUUCAUUCCGGGAUCGCUACGGCCUCAAACAUCCACUUUAGAAAGUACCCAGUCCAGAUCCAAAGUUUCCACCAAAGCAAAGGGCAGAAAGAUACUGAGAGACUGAGACGUGGAAAGAGAGGGAGAAGAAGCAGAAGAGAAAGAGGGAAAAAAGGACAGUAUUGUAUCAGCCAAUUGAAUUAAGAAGACGAAGAGGAAGAGAGGGAGAAAAGAUCUAAGAAAAAAGGGAAACCUCAAAAGAGAGAAAGGGAAGAAUCAACAACUCCAACCUUCACUCCACAAAUCAAGAGAACAGAAACAAGACAAGUUGAAGACUUUCUCCACAGUGGUAUCAUUAUCAUUAUCAUUCAUUAUCUUACCCUCAGGUCCACCAAGAAAUCGAACACUUUAUUACUCCGUUGUGUACGCCGUGUUUUCUUUUCAUAACCCUUCAUAACGAUUCCACCCGCACGCUUCCACUCUUCCUUACCGUACGACACACCAAAACAGUGCAUCUCCUACAAGGAAGGACCAGCUAGACCAAGGCAAAGAAGGGAAAAUAGAAGAAGAGAGAGACAUAGGCAACACGCAGAACAAGAGAACAAGAAGAACAUUCAUUGAACAUUGUUCUUGGCUUGAAUGUCUCUACUCUUUUAUUGACUAUCUAUCAACAUUGAAGAUUAUCUAUUUACAUUAUCCUCCUCCUCCUCCUCCUCCUCCUCCUCUUCAAUCAUCUAUCCAUCUAUUCAUCUAUUCAUCUAUUCACCUAUUCAUCUAUUUAUUUAUCUAUCAUCUACCUAUCUACCUCCCCCCAUCAACGACUAAUUAGAUAAACUAUCCUUCUGUAUCUUUGGUUGUUUUAUCUAAAUUUGAUUACUCUCACCACGAUAUUUAUUAUUAUUAUUAUUAUUAUUAUUAUUUUUUAUUAUUAUUUUUAUUAUUUUAUUAUUAUUAUUUAUUUAUUCAUAUUCAUAAGCUAGCUUUCCCCUUCCCUCCCCCAUCUAGCUUCACUUAUUACUUCAUUCUACUUAUUACACAUACACUUAAAUUUAACUACUCUCCUCUAUUUCUCCUCUACUCCACUCUACUCACCCACUUCGAUUACGACCUUACUAACCUUACUACCUCAAAACACUCAACCCAUACCUUGACCACUUGGACACACCUUACCUCAUCCAUUCAAUCUAUUUUUCUACGGCCACGGCUAUAGCUACUCUCACCAACCCAUACACUCUCGUUAAGACUAUCCUGUUCAACCAAUACCCUUAAACUUUCCACAAACCCACCUCCACCACUCACUCUCACACAUCACCACCGCCCAACCUCCUCCCUCGUUUCUAUUCUUCUCUUCCUCCGCGCCUUUUUUUUUUUAAAGCUCUCCAAUCCACUCUCUCAUCCUCCCUUUUCCGACCUCCCCCAUUUCUUAUACCUCAUAGAGGUGCAUGGAAAACGAAAAGCCAAAAAAAGGAAAACCCUAGAAAACUUCAAACAAAAGAGUUGGCAAAUAUCCUCAAUUCUUUUGACCGACAUACAUCCUAUCCACAAGUACACAUCACGCCUCUUGCAAAGUAAAACUCCUCCACUGCACUUCAGAUCUUCUCUAUUCCACGAAAUCUUCUACGACCUUCACGAUUUUUUUUACGUUCGCAUCCUCGAAUCUAAGCACGGAUCAGAUUCCUUCCAAAGAAGCGACAAGCACCAGCAUACAUACCUGCAGGUUCGCGUAACUGCCAACGAUCCUGUCGUGGAGCUUCAAUCGCACCUCAAUUGGAUCAACAAAGCUUCAAGUCCUCUUGUAACGACUUCUACGAGCCAAACGUCUUCUUUUUCGAGUCUUUUUUGAGGUUUUACAAGAUCUUUCUGCUUCUGCACCUUUGGCAUAUGCAUCUUAUUUCACGAAAAAUAAACGACCUAUUACUUUCGCGCUCGUUGUAAAAGCAGUGUUUGUUUUGAUUUUUCAUAUCGACGAUAGUCUGUCAAUAUACCAAAGCAUCAUUCUUCCAUUCUUGGUUCAGCAACUUUCAUCUUUCUCCAAAAAAUAAAGUUACCCAUUUCACCCGCAUACACGAAUAGACCACAAGUUAAAUCUUGUCGUCUAACGUAAAAUUUUACCUCUCUUCUCGGAAGACCCUUUAUUGAGUCUGCCAGAUCAUUGUCCGUUCAGGACUUGAUCAUUCCAACCGAAAAACUGGAUCUUCCGUCGAUAUCGCAAGUGCAAACCCGGGGGCCUUCCGAAGUACCAUACUACAACCAUCACGCCGCGCAGCGACCACUGUACGUGAAUGAAAGGUUGCCCGCUUUGCCUUUGCCACCGCCGCAACAGGCAUAUUCGUCUGGUACUUCAUCUCCCCGGGUUGGUUCACUUAGCUCACUUGGAUCUUCCUCAAUUUUGAACGGAGGUUCUCAUUCAUCUUACACCACAGCGAGUUCCUCAAACGGACCCAAAACCCCUUCUCCCACUCAAGCUAGCAGUGGUUUACCUGUUUCUCUCCCUCAAGGAUCUUACAGCACACCACCUUCAAACCCAGCAUACUCUUACAGCCAAGAGCCAUAUCAAAACAACAUGAAUCACGGUCCUCAAGAUAUGUAUUAUCCUCCACACAUGUCGGCUGGACAACAACCACCACCCCAGACUGCCACAUCAGGUGCAUUGAGUCAAUAUCCUCAACAUCAGCCACCUCUGCUUCAACCUGGACCUCCACAUUAUUCACCUGCGCAGCAAGCACCAUACGGCCAAUACUAUGGCAAUGGACUUCAAUCUCCACAAUCGGCUCAAAUUCCCGGGUCAAUGGGUGGUCAAGGCAACGUUCUACCACUUCCAGCAAUGACCACUCAACCUGGUAUGCCGAGCCAAGGUUAUGGUGGACCACAACAAUUUGACCAGACUGGCCAAGUUGCCCCACCAGGAAUGAAGCCCAGAGUGACAGCAACCCUUUGGGAAGACGAGGGUAGUUUGUGCUUUCAAGUAGAGGCAAAGGGUGUUUGCGUGGCUAGACGUGAAGAUAAUCACAUGAUUAAUGGCACGAAAUUAUUGAAUGUUGCAGGUAUGACUCGUGGACGACGAGACGGUAUCCUGAAAAGUGAAAAAAUGAGACACGUUGUGAAAAUUGGUCCUAUGCAUUUAAAGGGUGUUUGGAUUCCUUUUGAGCGUGCAUUGGAUUUUGCAAAUAAGGAAAAGAUUACGGAAUUAUUGUAUCCUUUAUUUGUUCACAAUAUUGGCGCUCUUCUCUACCACCCAACGAACCAGACACGAACGAAUGCUGUAAUGGCAGCCGCAGAACGUCGAAAGAAUGAGCAAAACCAAAUGCGGAAUCCACAAGCACCUGGUUUGCCUUCAUUACACCAACAUCACCAUCACUCAAUGGCUAACUCAAUUGGCGCUCCCCUUCCAGGUCCACAGCAUUCCCUUGCUCCUCAUCCAAAUGUUGGUCGUCCUGCUCUCGAAAGAUCACACACAUUCCCCACCCCUCCCACAAGUGCAUCUAGUGUAAUGGGCAGUAUGGAUAAUUCUAACGGCAAUUUCCAGUGGCCUGGGCAAUCCAUGGGCAAUGUGCAAGGUACCAAUCCCCUGUCAAUUGACACUGGAUUAAGUAAUGCUCGCUCAAUGCCAACAACUCCAGCUACCACCCCUCCCGGAACUGCGGUUCAAUCGAUGCAACAAUAUCAACAAACUCAACAACCUUACGACUCGAGACAGAUGUACUCCCAAGCACCCCCGCCACAGAAUGCUUACGCCCAAGCUCCACCACCUCAACAAAGCAUGCCUCAGUACUCGCAACAGCCAAAUUCAUACAUCAAGAAUGAAAUGGGUCCACCAUUGGCGAGAGCACCAGAUGCUGAGCCACAACAUCAUGAACCAAAGGAUUCAAAUGGAAUGAUCCAUCAUCAAGGAAAUGGCCAAGUUGAGGAAGAACAUGAUCAAGAUCAUGAUGGCGGUGAAUACACCCAUGACAGCCAGGGUAACUACGAUUCAAGUCGUCGGCCAUACAAUUACUCGAAUGGCCCAGCCGUGGGAUCAAUAACAGGUGAACACACCCAUUUGUCACCAGAGAUGACUGGCUCACCAAAUAAUCCAGCUUCCGGACGAGCAACUCCUAGAACCGCGUCAGCACCACAAACGUACUACGCUCAACAGCAAGGUGGUUACAGCACACCUCCACGAAUUCAACCACCGUCGAGUAAUUUGUAUAAUGUAGUCAGUCAAGAACGUGGUACAGCUAACGGCAGCACAGGUGGUGACGUUUACGCACCACAAUCAGAUCUUGGAGCUUCAAUGUCUAAUGGUUAUGCCGGUCAGCAAAAUAUCAUGAAUGGCGCACCUGGGAGUAACAAGCGCGGCAGAGAUGAUGAUGACGAUGGUCGCCCAUCCAGUAGAGGUCCAGGAAUGGCCGAUGCUGAUGGUUUGAAGAGACGGAAAACGAUCCGGGAGGGUUCAGUUUCUGGACCAUCUUACAAUCCAGGACUCAACCGAGCUCAAUCGACCAUUGCUCAAAGACGCCGGUAACUCGAAUCGAUGAUUUUGAACGCACACUUUUGCACUUUCUUCCAGUGAUCUGACUUUUCUCAUCAUGAUCCACUGUUUUUUUUUAUUCUUGGCUCGCGCCACAAAAGCAUUCUCGACAAUCACAAGCACACUCUUUGAAAGAAAAUUUCUUUUUUAUCUUCACGAUUGUCUUUGUAUUCGCCGAACAUAGAUUCAGCAAAUUAUUUGAACCUGGAAUGACGACGAGUUUAUGACUGAAAUUUUUAGAUGACCCUAAUGCGGAUCAUCGAAACGGCUUUAACGAAUUUACGCUAUGCAAACAUGGGAGAGGAAAUAAUCUGUUGAGAAAUGAUCCCAAAGAUAUACACAUGCAAGCGGGAUUUAUUUACUUGGGGGUUUUCAUUUUACACUCGAGAACAAAAAAACGAAACACGCCUAUUAAUGACACCCUAGGCGUCGACAUGAAAUAUUUGGGAUUUGGGCUUUUUGUGUUUUUCGUUCAUGGGAAAGGCUUAAAUGAUUUGUUUUCGUUCAGACGGACGACCAAAAUAAUGAAUGGGGCCAUUUUCUAUUCGAUAUUUACAGCACCGAGGAACCUGUCUCAAUAUUUUUCUUAUGAUGUCGGGAAGGAUGAAUAGAGAAGGAAAACUGGACCACUGAACAGAUAAUCAUUUUGUUUAAUGUUUUCAGCUUUUCUUUCCUGGACCGACUUCUGGUUUCUUUGCUUUUUGUUGAGCUCUUCUUGAGCUUAACGUUUACAUACAUUAUCGUUAUGAUUUAUGACCAUUUCCUUGCUUAUCUUGUUAGUUGUUGCAGUUGUGAGUUUCUUGGGCUUGAUGGGGGAGGGAGAUGAAAUGGAUUCUACCAUUUGAGGAUGGUUAUCCCAAUGGAUGAAUGCCAUAUCAAUGGAAUGUGUGGAAAAGGUGCAAAGCUUGAAUGUUUUGUAACCAAUUCUGAACGCAAAUGGGUUAACGGUGAUCGGGAUGAAUGGAAUGGGAAUGGUUGAAUGAUAUGACUUUAUGAUGAAGAUGGAUGGAUGGAUGGUACGAAUGAUUGGAUGGGUUCGGGGGUAUUAUUGGAAUUCAACUGGAACUGAACUGAACAAGAUACAAAAAUUUAAAAGUUGUUGAUGAAUUUUUUGGCAAGAGGGAUUGGUGAUGAUGUGUGAUGUGAUGAUAUAUGAAGCUUUAAAUUGAUUUUCUCUGGUGUUCGUAACCUAUACUCAUAAAUUUAUGUCU